AUGGUGGAUAAGGAGAACGAUGCGUCAUGGGGCUUCUUCUUUGAGAAGUUUAAGGACUUUGUCGUCGACGAACCAAAGCUGUGCAUUAUCUCUGACAGGCACGUAAGCAUAGCCAACGGCCUCGCAAGGCAUUAUCUGCUUGCGCAUCAUGGUGUUUGUAUGAGGCAUCUCGAUGAAAAUCUUCGAACAAAUCACCAUUGUUCCGAUUCUAUCUAUUUGUACUACCAUUCGGCCAAGGCGUACACGUUGCAAGAAUUUAAUGACUACUUCAACGCCCUUAAAGAAAGAUGCCCCAACACAGCAGCUUGCCUCGAGCAUGAAGUUGGAUUUGAAAAGUGGAGCAGGGCGCACUUUCCAGGUAAUCAAUUCAAUGUCAUGACCUCAAACAUCACCGACUCGCUCAACUCAAUAUUGCGUGACGAAAGAGAGUAUCCAGUGGCGGCCAUUUUUAAUUCAAUUGCACAUAGAUUUAGAGAAAUAUUUAGGAAGAGGUAUGUGGAGGUGGACAAUUCAAAGACAACAUUCGUUCCCGUAGCUAAGGCGAUCUUGAGGGAAAACAUGACCGAGGGGGACAAAUUAUAUGUGAACAACAUAAAAGGAAGCAUCAAAGAAUUCACCGUGAUUGGUUACGGUCGUUCCGCCAAAGUUAAUAUUCGAGAUAGUCAUGUUCUUAUAGAAACGUUGCGUUUGAAGCACGGGGAUGAAUACGGCACUAGCAUUUACAACUACUCUUCGCAAAUAUAUUCGAAAGAGUCAUACCUUCUUGCAUACUUGGAACCUAUUUGUGCAGUACCACUGGAGUCGGAGUGGAGUCUGGCGCGAGAAUAUCUUGAAAUGCAAGUUCUUUCACCCGAUUUCGAUCUCAAACUCGAAAGGAAGAAGGUGAAACGUGUUAAGGAUGUGUUGGAGCCUUCAAGAUACAAGAAUAGAAACAAGUGCUCCAAGUACAAAAAGCCGGGACAUAAGAGAACAACAAGUAGCCUUAACGUAGGAUAA